AUGGGUAACCGUAAAUCAAAGAUUAUUUCUCCAGUCACAGAAUUAACUGCCAAACAAAUAGCUGAAAUUUGUCGUCAAACAAAUUUAAUUGAUACUGAAGUUCGUCAUCGACAUUCAGAUUUUCUUAAACAAUAUCCUAAUGGUUUAAUUACACGCGAACAAUUAUAUGAAAGUCUUAAUGAAGUUUGGCCAGAUUGUCGUAUUGAUAAAUUUGCUUCAUAUCUUUUUGCUACUUUCGAUCAAGAUCGUAAUGGAACAAUUGAUUUUGUAGAAUUUAUAAAUAUAACACACAAAUUAUAUUCAAAUGAUAUUUAUGACCAUAAUGAUGACGAACAAAUCUUUUUCGGAUUACUAUUUGAUAUGUUCGAUCGAAAUCAUAAUGGAUAUUUAGAAAAACAUGAAUUAAAACAAUUGAUUGAAUCGAUAUAUGAUUUAUCUGGUUUACCAAAAGAUGAAAGAUGUGGAAUAUAUUCAUCUCAUGCUCAAGUUAAAUAUUUAUUAAAAAAAUUUGAUAAAAAUGGAGAUAAACGUUUAUCAAAACAAGAAUUUAUUGAUCAAGCAAACUGGAUAGAUGAUGAAAGAAUUGGACGAUUCUUUUUCAGUUAUUAUUACAAUAUUAAUAAUCAAGAAACAGAUGAACAUAACCUCGAACUGAAUUAA